CUGGGUUGGGGGAGAGAAAAUGGCUGCGGGGACUACAACUCCCAGGAUCCUCCAGCAUGGCUAGUAUAUGCUGGUGCAUGCUGGGAGCUGUAGUCCAAAGACAGCCAUGCUGCCAGGAGGAGGCGAACUGGAGGAGGCAUUUCAGAGGAUCGAGGUCCAGCGGAUGCUCGCCUUCGGACGAAGACGGACUGAGCUUUCCCUUCUGGAGGACGGAUCAUGGCCGGACGAGGUGGACGUGGCCGCGGCCGCGGUGGACACAUGACCUUCAACGUGGAGGCCGUGGGCAUCGGGAAGGGAGAGGCCCUUCCGCCACCCACCCUCCAGCCCUCGCCCCUCUUCCCUCCCCUGGACUAUAAGCCGGUCCCUCUGCAAACGGGGGAAGAAGUCGAAUACAUGUUGGCCCUGAAGCAGGAAUUGCGCGGAGCCACCAAAAACCUGCCCUAUUUCAUCAAGCCAUCUGCGCCAAAGAAAGAUGUGGAGCGCUAUUCGGACAAAUACCAGGCGUCUGGCCCUGUUGAUAAUGCCAUCGAGUGGAACCCUGACUGGAGCCGGCUCCCCCAGGAAUUAAAGAUCCGGGUGCGGAAGAUACGGAAACAGAGGUUGACUGUUUUGGCCCCGAAACGCAAAUCGCAGCUUCCAGCCGAAAAGGAGGAAACCAUCAAGAAGCUGGAGACUUUGGAGAAGAAAGAAGAGGAGGUGACCUCCGAAGAAGAAGAGGAGAAAGAAGAGGGUGAGGAAGGAAAGGAGGAGGAGGAGGAGGAAUACGACGAGGAGGAGUUUGAGGAGGAGACGGAUUAUAUCAUGUCCUACUUCGACAACGGGGAGGACUUUGGGGGCGACAGCGACGACAACAUGGACGAAGCCAUCUACUGAAAAAUGGCACACGCCAGGACUCUCGCCAGGCCACCAUUCUGAAUGUUGGGAUUGCGCGGGGAAGGCGCCCUCAGAUUUGGGGAGACCCAUAUGCCUCCUCCGAGGGGUGUUUCCUUCCCCCUUGGACAUUUUGGACAGCGUCAUUGGCGCCUUGGUCCCUCUAGGUGGCAUCACUGCGCCGUUUUGUGUCAACCUCGCUUCGGAAAAGACAGCAAAAGUCCAAGAACUAACUAAUAAUGCCUUUGAGUCUUGCUUUCUUUUCUUGGAAAGGGAUAUAAAUGUUGACAUCCUCCCUGA